CACGCCUGUGAGUUUGAUCAACUAUGUUGGCACGGGAACAGGCCCCCCGCCUAUAAAGUCCAGCACCCCAACCCCAGUGCUUCCAGUGGCAUAAGCAAACGCGGAUGUGACCGGGAGCAGCCGGUGCUUUUCAUCAUGGCUUCAGACCACCAAGCUUCAAAGCAGCAGCAAGCCAGUUCCAAGAUCGUGGUCUUCGAACAGGAGAACUUCCAGGGCCGCUGCCAUGAACUGAACGCCGCGUGUCCCAACUUGAAGGAGGCCGGCCUGGAGAAAGUGGGCUCAAUCCUGGUGCAUUCCGGCCCGUGGGUUGGCUAUGAGCAAGUCAACUGCAAAGGGGAACAGUUUGUCUUUGAGAAGGGAGAAUAUCCCCGCUGGGACUCUUGGACCAACAGCCGGAGGAGCGACAGCAUCUCCGCCCUGAGACCCAUCAAAGUGGACAGCCAAGAACACAAAAUUGUCCUCUACGAGAACCCCAGCUUCACUGGGAAGAAGAUAGAGAUCAUUGAUGACGACGUGCCCAGUUUCCAUGCUCAUGGCUACCAGGAGAAGGUCUCCUCUGUCCGUGUGCAGAGUGGCACGUGGGUCGGAUACCAGUACCCUGGCUACCGCGGCUACCAGUACCUCUUCGAGAAAGGCGACUACAAGGACAGCGCCGAUUUCGGGGCUCAGCACCCCCAGAUCCAGUCCGUGCGACGCAUCCGGGACAUGCAGUGGCAUCAGAGGGGGGCCUUCCAUCCCGCCAGCUAA